CGAGAAGGAACAGAGAGAGACCCAGUUACUAUCUGAGGUUCUGCCACAGACACGUCUCUUGAAUCCGAGGGCCCCUGAAUAAAGAGCAUUAAGGGAAGCGGCUCUAACCUCCUAUCCAGUUGCAGGGAGACUCUCUCUAAUGACAGUAUCGGACAUGAACACAUAGAGAGGAGAGCGCUGAAUAGGGGAACACAUAGAAUGACCCCACUCAUUGAACAGCACUAGAAAGACCCCGUUUCCGGAUGACUGAGAAGGACAUGUUGUGGGAGAGAGCGCCCCAGAGCUGAGGAGUGUUGUUGGGAGUACACUAUCCUACACGGACUCUCUGGUUCCUCUCCCAGCUAAGGAGCAGUCUCCGUUCACUUUGCAUAGACACAGACAGAGCGCAUUUAUAUGUCAGUGGGAUCAUGCUGGACUUCCCAUGCUGAGCUGUCUCUCUUCUAAGGCCCCUCUUUGGUCCUGGGGCCAACAAACAGGAUGCUGGCGGGCUUCGCGGAGGCGUGGCGGGCGCAGUUCCCGGACGCGGAGCCGCCUCGCAUGGAGUUGCGCACAGUACGGGACAUGGAGCAGGAGUUGGAGAGGUGCCGAGCCUCUGUCCGCCGGCUGGAGAGGGAACUUAACCGGGAGCGGUUCCGCAUGAUCUACCUGCAGACCCUUCUUGCUAAGGAGAGGCGGGGCUACGACCGGCAACGGUGGGGUUUUGAGGAUCGCCAUCAGCAGACUGUAGAACGAGAUCCCUUUGCAGAGGAAAGGGUCAAGAUCAUAGGAGGAGAGGAAAGGGGCAAGAUCAUAGGAGGAGAGGAAAGGGGCAAGAGCAUAGGAAGAGAGGAUAGGAGUCCUGAAAACAACAUCAAGGGCCCUGGCCGAAGGGAACCACCAGUUGGUGCCCCUGACUUGUCCACUGGGGAUGUCAACCGAGGACCCCGUCGCCUUUUAAGCCUGACAGAGAGAGAAGACCCCGAGCAACGAUCUGACAGGCUGAGGAGAGCAUCCUCCCACCCUGAAGGUAGCCCAGGACUUAGGGGGCCACAGGUUGCUGAUCCCCGUGGGGUGCGAGGCCGUUCCUCUGACAGCAGCUGUGGAUGGGAUGGCGAAUACGAAGAUCCUGAACUAAAUUCACGCUUCCUGCGGGAUAAUGCCUUACCCAACACUGGGGGAAACUGGGGUGAAGCCUGGCCCCGUCGCUCCUUUUCUCCAAGGAGUUUUGAGGACCUAGGGGGCGGGUACACUCCAGACUGCAGCUCCAAUGAGAAUCUGACUUCAAGUGAAGAGGAGCUGUCAUCUGGCCCCUCUGGCAGGGUGUCACCCAGAGGCAUCUGGAGCCGCUCCCCUCCUUCACCUGGCAGUGCCAGCCCACCCACUCCUCAGGCUCCUGCUCGGCAGUGCCAGCUAAGGAUCGCAGAGGCCUCAAUUGUUGGAGUUCGUAGGAGUGGCCAGAUAUGGCCCAGUUGCGCUGAGUCUUUGGGAAGGGAUCAAGGUUGCCAUGGAGAUGGAGAUGCGUCUCCAUACAGGGCAUUACCUGGGGGUACUGAUGAGCAGCGUUCUCAGCAUGACUUGAUGCCGUUUAUAGAUGAAUCACCUUCCUCCUCACCUCAGCUGAGUGCCAAGAGCCGUGGAAGUAGAGACACCCUCUCCUCUGGGUCUCUGGAGUCAAGUAAAUCAACUGAGCUGGACCUGGAGAAAGGCCUGGAAAUGAGGAAGUGGGUGCUUUCUGCAAUCCUGGCUGGCGAAGAGACCUAUUUGAGCCACUUGGAGGCUCUUUUACUAGUACGUGUUUUUUGUGUGUUUUUUUAUAAGGGCAAUGUCUUAGAGGGGUGAUAUUUGUGUACUCACUGUAUUACAUACUCUGGCUGUGCUCAUUUUGUGGCUGAAGCCCUUGAAAAAGAGGUAGAAAUAAAAACAAGCUGAAAGUUAAA